AAUGACUUGUUUCACGAACCCACCACAGACAUACGCCCAACCCCCAGAUGGUGGAUGGGGGUGGAUUGUGGUUUGCAGUAGUCUGACGGUUCGUAUGAUGACAUUAGGAGUCUCUGCUCAUGCCGGUGUACUCAUUGUUGCACUGAAAUCAACUAUGGUCAACAAUUCUGUCGUGGAGAUUGUUUUAGUCACCUCUUUGUAUUUCGGAUUUAUGUGUUUUAUAGGUCCAUUUGGUAUUUACAUAAAUGACAGAUAUGGUACAAGGCCAGCUAUGCUUAUAGGCGCUACAUUGUCAACUAUUGGGUUGUUCCUGAGUUCCUUUGCUUUCAAUACGUAUUAUCUGUACAUAUCAUAUGGGGCCAUAACAGGUACAGGUCAUGGUUUUUUGAUAGCCACAAAUUUGCCGAUUUUGUCGAAAUACUUUGACAAACAUUUUGCAACUGCAACUGGGAUUGCCUGUGUUGGGACUGGCUUGGGAUUUUUUAUUUAUCCACCGAUGACUCAGUUUUUUGUUAGUAAAUACGGUUGGCGCGGAUCGUUUUUAAUGUUAUCUGCGAUCAACGCCAAUACUUUUGCAUGUGCUGCUGUUAUGCGUCCAAUCAUUGUGACUAGUCAAGAACAAGAAAAGAAAAACACAGACAGGAAAACAGAUGGUCUUUUUAAGACACUAGUUCGAAGUCUAGGGUUUCGACUGUUGUGUACGAACCUUAAUUUUGCCCUGAUGAUGUUGGGAGUAUUUGCGGCUGACAUGAGUUUUUUAAUUGUAAUCUCACUCACCGUACCUUAUGCAGUUGAUAAUGGAACCCCAGAACUGAAAGCACCAUUUCUAGUUACAGCAGUAGGUAUCGCCAGCCUCUCAACCAGACUUGUUCAAGGAUGGAUUGUGGAUAAGGCAUAUAUACGACCAAUUUGCAUUCUGCCGAUACUUAUGCUCACUAUGGGAAUUGCGCAACUAACAAUUGCUUUAACAACGAUGUUCCCUGUGUUGAUUGUUGCGUGCGUCCUUGUUGGAGCUUGUGAUGGCAUAUACUUUCCUGUGUAUUUUGUUUGUAUGAAAGUAAUGGUAGGAGUAACGAAUUAUUCACAUGCAAACUCAAUGACGUUAUUAGCAAUUGGAUUGGCGGGAAUUCUAGGUUCACAGUCUGGAGGUUGGAUAUAUGAUAACACGGGCAGUUUCAAGAUAGUAUUUUAUCUAUGCGUCGUAUGUAAUCUUGUGGCUGCUUUGCUGUACGGUAUCGUCGCUUUCAGGCAGAGAGCGCAGAAAAGAAACGCACACUGGGGAAACAAUGAAAACUGAUUUUGAGACUGGUUUCAUAGAAUAGCAUUAGACUGUGCUUCUAUGUAUGGGUCAAAAUGUUGCUCCAGAGAAAUUCAUAUUGCCAGAUCACGUUUUGUGAUUGUCACGGGGGUUUAAGUUGUUCUAAAUAUGGACAGAUUUUGACAGAACAGUGAUUGUUACAUUAAAUUAAAUGUACUUUUGUUCAACAUUACAUUUACUUGGGUAUGUAACAAUAACCAGUUUGUUUUCACAUUGUACGUAAUUAAAUACAGGCAAAAACUGUUACUCCUGAGUAAAAAAAAUUUCAGCUUUUGAUAUUUCAAGUACUAUUAUUUCAUUACUUUUCAAUGAAACUUGAUACAUAGAUGCUCUAGAACAAUCCAACGACCUGAUUAAUUUUAAGUAAAUAUGUGUGCAUAUUAAUCAACUAAUUUGCAUAAUUAGUUAAUUUUUUGGCUUUUACACUGAUAUCGCAAGUACUAAUUAUCCCAUUUCAAUGAAUCUUGGUACAUAGAUGUGUUAAGACAAUGUACAGACCUAAUUAGUUUUGGUUUUAAAAUAGUACAUAUUAAUUACCUUAUUAGCAUAAUUAAACGCUUAGUACAGGCCAAGAAAGCGAGUAAAGUACGAGCUAAAUCUGACCCAUUUUUAAGAUCCGCAUAGCAAAAUGUGCGCUGGGGCUCAGCUCGGGCUAAAGCCCAGAACACCAUUGUAUUCAACGCCUGUUUUAGGGAUUCACUAUUAUAUUCUUAGCUUUUCGUUUCGGUAUGCCAUUUCCGACAUUACAUUCAAUGCGAACACAUCAAGAGACAUUAUUCACAGAAAAUGGUCUGACGAUGAGACUACUUGUAUUGCUUCCUGUUAUUCUGUUAGCAGCUUUUGUAUUUACAUUGUUAUUGUUUUAUUUCCACAUGUACUGGUUACUGUACUAAAGUAAUAAAGGUUAAAAAGAUUGGAGAGGUGGAUAUUCUCAAAA